AUGUUUGCUGGUGCUCAGAUUGUAACAACGAAAUUAGUUCCUCGUGGUCAACAAAAACAAAUAAUCGAUGCUCAAGAUGAAGAUAAGACUACACAAGAUUUAGUGAAUAUGACUAUAUUAGUACCGCGAUCAAAAGCAGCUAUUGUUGUUGAAACUCGAGCAGAAAAAGUUGAACGAAAAGUUCUUGCACAAGAACGAAAACAUGAAAGAAUUGUUGAACAACAAAAAAUUGCUAAUCAUAUGGAAAAUUUAAUGGAAAAAGUUCUUCAUGAAACACCAUUAUCAAAAAAAGAUGAAGAUAAUUUACGUAAUAAAAUCAAAACUAUUAUGACUAAAGUAAAUAAAGAAUCAGACAAAAUCGAUGUUACAUCUCUUCAUUCAUCUAUUAUUGAACAUUCAUCAUCAUCUCGAAUAAAAUCUGAUUCUGUUGGACAAUCAUCUCCAUCAAAUCCACAUUCUAAAUCAUUGAAAACAGCAAAUCAACGAGCUUUUCUAUUAUGAUAUUUUUCUGCUGAUGGAAUGACUGGAAUCAAUACAUACGAUAAUAAAACAUUUACAAAUGAAUUUAAUAAUGCAUCAUUUUUGGUUCGCAGUAUUCUUCUAGCAAUGACUAUGUUUACUCUUUCUUUUAUUACUGUUUUUGGCAAUACAAUUGUUAUUUAUGCUUUACGAACCAAUCGUCAUUUAAGAACGGUUGGAAAUCUGUUUAUAUUGAGUCUUGCUACUGCUGAUCUUAUUGUUGGUUGCUUUGUCAUGCCCAUAGCUGGUAUAUAUGCUAUUAUGGAAAAGUGGAAAAUGGGUCUUGUGCUUUGUAAAAUUUGGAUAUCAGUGGAUUUCACAGCAUCAACAGCAUCUAUAUUUAAUUUAUUAACAUUAAGUUUAGAUCGUUAUUGGUCUAUAACAUCUCCACUUCAAUACCUUGGUAAGCGAACACGUACACGAGCUUUAUUAUUAAUUGGUUUUGCUUGGGGUUUAUCACUUCUAUGGGUUAUACCAAUUUUUAGUUGGCAUCGUUUUGAUGAUACAAAACGAUAUAUGGAACCGGAUAAAUGUGAACCGGAAUAUACUCAUUCAAAAGUAUUUAAAGUUUCAACAGCUGUGCUUAAUUUUUAUUUACCACUUCUUGUAUUAAUAUUAUUAAACGGUCGUAUUUAUUAUGAAAUAAAACGUCGUUAUAAAAACGUUCUUUUACAAAGACAUUCAAGUAGCACGCAUGAUUCAAUGAAUAAUAAUAAUAAUAAUAAUAAUAAUAAUAAUAAUAAUAAUAAUAACAAUAAUAAUAAUAAUUUAUAUAAUCAUAAAUUAAAUUAUAAAAGACAAAAUCCAUGUUCACCAGCAACUAUAACAUUAUGUGAUAGUGAUCGACAUGUAUAUUCUUCAACAAUAAAUUAUACAGAAAAUGAUGGUCACAUUAUGUCAAAACUUUCAUCUAGAUCUUCAACAAAUAAUAAUGAUGCAGUUUUACGAAUUAAUUUUAAAGAGAAAAAAAAUCGACCUAGUAUACCAAUACGAUUAGUUGAUCAUUCAAAAUCAUCAUUAAAACGUGCUUAUUCAUAUAUUGAUAAAAAACAUUGUACACAAGAUGAAUUAACAUGGUUUGUACAUCAUCGUGGACAUUCUCGUUCAUCAUUUAAUCCAAUGUCAGCAACAAUUUUAUCAAAUUAUAAAUAUAAUCAUAGUCGUUCUCAGCAUCUUCCUAUUAAUGAACAUUCGUUUAAAUAUACUAAUGAUUGUAAUUCAAAUCGAACGGAUUUAAAUAAACGAGAAAGAAUACGUAAUUCAUCGAAAUCAUCACCAAUACAUAAUCAUCAUCAUUAUCAAACAUUUCAUAAUACAACAUUAUUACGUCGUCAUAAUUCAUUGUUAGAUUCAAUCAAAAUAUCAUCACCAUCAACAACAAUGAAUAUUUUUAAUUUAUGUCAUUGUUGUUCAGCAACUACAUCAGCAAUUACAAUACAUUCAAAUCCAUUUGUAAAUAAUCAUAAGAAUUCAAAUAAUGAAUCAUGUAAUCAAGCACGACAAAUUUCACCGACAGCAGCAUCAUCUGUCGUUUGUUCGCCAAUAAAUCGAAAACAACAACAAUCACAAUCGAUAUCAUCUUUGAAAAGAAGAACAAAUAGUAUAACAUCACAUGCAAGUCCACAUUCAGUACCUAAAUAUCAUUAUUAUCAAACAACAAGUAGUGUUAAACAAACAACAGUAUGGAAUCAACAAGAAAAAGCUUUUCGACAAUUAUUUGCUAUUGUAUUUGGUUUCACAUGUUGCUUUUUACCAUAUUUUAUUUUAUAUAUGGUUGUUGCUUUUUGUGGUUCAUGUGUAUCAGAACGAAUUGUUACAGCUACUAUAUGGCUUGGUUAUGUUAAUUCAACAAUUAAUCCAUUUUUAUAUGCAUUAUCAAAUAAACAUUUUCGAAGAACAUUUAAUCGAUUAUUAAAACGAGAUAAUCGACCACAAUCGUAUUAUAAUUAA